UCGGCGCUAAGCUGAGCAGCAUCGUCUUCAUCAUCACACACAGUACAAAUGAAGAAGUAUGGCUGCACACUACAAAUAUGUCCCCCUGUUUUAACCAGAGCCAUGGUUAAAACACCCCACCACGGACGGAGCACUUUUUCACCAUGAGGAUUCACUGCAAGGUUGUGGCCAUCGCGGUGUGCUUCGGAGUUUUUCUACUUUUGUACUUUUUCGGGGGGAACGCUGCGGACGAGCCGCCGCUGAAAGAAGUUCCGAAAGAAAAACAUUUUCCAUCCUUCGGUAAUAUCGAGGACAUUGCCCUGCUGAAAGGUGCGAAACAAACCAACGAGGAGCCACAGAAACCACCGAAACUAAUCCGCAAAGAGCCCAAGUUGAGCAGCAGAAGAGCAGAGAAUGUCAUCGCGAAGACUCGGCUUAAAAGUGAGGUGGGGCGCCCCAGGUCAAAGGUCACCUUGGCAGAGGAUGUCAUGCACCUGGCAGUGGUGGCUUGUGGGAACCGUCUAGAUGAAACGCUCAACAUGGUGAAGUCAGCGCUGCUGUUCAGCAUGAAGAAGAUCAAAUUUCACAUCUUUGCAGAGGAGGACUUGGCUGAACAAUUUGAAAAAGGGUUCAGUCAGUGGCCUCAGACGCUGUCCUCCAGGUUUCACUACAGCAUAUAUCCAAUCACCUUCUCUGUGGGGAAUGCAGACGAAUGGAAGAAACUCUUCAAGCCGUGUGCCGCCCAGAGGCUAUUUCUUCCUGUUAUCUUGAAGGACGUGGACUCUCUGUUGUACGUGGACACAGAUGUGCUGUUUCUCCGGCCUAUGGAUGACAUCUGGAAGUUUCUGAAGGCGUUCAACAGCACUCAGUUAGCUGCUAUGGCCCCAGAGCACGAGAUCCCCAAGAUCGGCUGGUAUAGUCGCUUCGCAAGACACCCCUUUUAUGGAGUCACAGGAGUCAAUUCAGGAGUCAUGCUAAUGAACCUCACACGGAUUCGUAACACUUUGUUCAGGAACAGUAUGAUCGCCAGCGGUCUGUCAUGGGAAAAUCUGCUUCACCCUCUCUAUCAGAAAUACAAGAACCACAUCACAUGGGGAGACCAAGACCUCCUCAACAUCAUCUUCCACUACAACCCAGAGUGUCUUUACAUAUUUCCUUGCCAGUGGAACUAUAGACCCGAUCACUGCAUGUAUGGAAGCAACUGUAAGGCUGCAGAGGAGGAGGGGGUUUCUAUUCUACAUGGCAAUCGAGGGGUUUAUCAUGAUGACAAGCAGCCUGCCUUCAGGGUGGUGUAUGAUGCCAUACAUGAGUAUCCUUUUGAGGAGAACUUGUUCCAGUCUUUGUUUUACCCACUUCAGACUAAGUUCCUAGACACUGUUAACACCUUGUGUGGAAGAAUACCUCAGGUGUUCCUCAAACAGAUCGAGAAAAGCAUGAAGGCGGCUUAUGAGAAAAAAGUGGUGCGCCGUGUCCGACCGCCACACAAGUAAUGAGCCUCGACUGCAUUUCCGCAUUAUAAAAGGAGAGUCUCUGCCUGCUGCUUGGAUCUGGGGUUGUUUUUUUCAUCGAGAACGAGCAAUGCCAUGGGCGAGCUACAUUUGGUCUAUUUGACCCAGUAUGAGCUUCAUGAGCCUGAGGAAUUGGAGAUUUAAGCAGCAGUCUUGGUUUGCUGGAUUUAUACAGCGAUGCGGGAUGAAUGCAAAACCAUUGAAAGGGAGAUGCAACCAAUUGUUUGUCUCCAGCUGUGGGUUACCAACCACCCCAAAGUGAUGCAGGAGAUUCACUGGAAAAGCACAUCCAAAAAUAUGGAUCCAGAGCUGUUUAUUUACAACUGUGUUGUACUGUUUAGCAGCAUCUAGUUCAUUAUGUUUGGUAUAUUAGACAAUUGGAGUAAUGUGUGUGUCAGUACAUUUGAUCUAAUUCUUGUGUUUAAGUGGCUGCACCAAUUUGUGCAUUCUGCUGCUUAAUAGCAUGAGAUAAAUCCUUGUUUUCAAGCCACACACACAGUAAAUGAAUGUAGCACGCAGAAACAACCAAAGAGAAUUAGCCUGUCAGCCUUCAGAGUUCAGUAAGAUGUACAUUCAAUUUAAGCACAGCCCUAAUGGUGGAUGUUCACACUGUUUACAUUGAAGAUGACUUAUUAGUGAGACUAGAAAGGAGUGUGAUGUUGAAAGGUUAUAUAUAUAUGUGAUGUUGCCUGUUAAUAUAUGUAAAAUAUUACAAUAAAAGAUUUGGCCUUUUGUGAGAAUUCCACUUAAAGGACUAGUUCAGCCACAAAUUAAAAGUCUGUCAUCAUUUACUUACCCUUUAUUUUUUCAGACAUUUCUAAGUUUUUGAUCACAAAAAGAAGCCUGUAACCAUUGACUUCCAUAGUUUUUGUGUUUCCUAAUAUGGAGGAAUAUAUAAAGCUUUCUUUAAAAUGUGUCCAUGUUCAACAACAGAAAGAAACCCUCGUAAAGGUUUGUAACCACUUGAGGGUGAGUAAAAGAUGAGCACGUUUCAAUUUUUGGGUGAACUAUCCCUUUAAGUCAGUUGUCCUGUAUUUUGAUUGCCUAUUCUGAUGGUCAUAAUGGAUUUAAUGUUGAAUAUGUGAUGGGAUUUUCUUGAAUGAUGAAAUAUAACCGAACCGUUUGUGAGAGCUGCUCACAAGCUCUAAGUGAUGAAGUAUUUUAGAAAUAUUCAGUUUGGUUGAGUUCAGUCCCAUUUUGUUGUUUUACCCUGAAGUUUGUUGGAGGUCUGUAGUCUGCCACAUUGGGAUUAAACUAAUGCGUUCAUUUGAAAUAAAUGAUUGCAUUAGUUUGUUAGAAAGGUUUGUACAUUGUGACAGUAUUAUAUACAUAAGAUCUAAAUGAUAACAAAAUAAUUUGUGCUGUUGGGGAUGUUUUCAUCCACUCUGGGGUGAUUUUUUUUGUGUCUUAAUUUGGCCAUAAAUGUUUCUGUGUUUCAGCUAGCAGAAUGGUUUUUGGUGACCAAUCUUAUUUUGACACAUAUUUUGAGAAAAUCUGUUGAAUUAAAAAAAACCUCAACAAUACACUCUGGGCAAAUUUACUACUCUUUUGUUAUGUUAGGGAUGAAAACAUCCACUGAAUUAAACUGCUGUAAAAAUGCAUCAGAUAAAUAUUAUUUUCCUUU